UUUCUUUAGAAGAAAAUCAAUGUAUAAUGCUAGCGAUUGGUAAUACUACUUUGGGAAAUCGUCUCCGUCGAUCCUUCAAUUGUUCUCGAAAUAUGUCAUAUUUAAGUCAAAGCGAAAGUAGCUCAACAUCGAAAAACAAUAAGCAAAGUUUUGUAAGUAACAAUGAAAGGAAGAUGAAGCAGAAGAAAAGUAGGGAAUAUCCAAGGAGAUCAAGAAUGAAGAAGCAAAAGCUUAUGGAAGAUUUGGUUGAGGAAGUUUUUAGAAUGGAAAUUUUGAAUGUGGGCAUUGCUAGCAUGGCUACUGAGAUGGAGGUGAAGUGUGCAAUUUUGGAAGCUGAUAAUAAUGUUCUAAGAGCCCAAGUAAUGGAAUUGACUAAAAACCUCAAGUCUUUGAAUGAUUUGAUGAAAAACAUUGGAAUGGCUUGUGGAUGGGUAUGUUUCUAAUUAAUCCUUUGUGUACAAUGCGACAACUUAUUUCAAUUUCUCCAGAUCGACUUGUUUAAUUAUAUUAAAUUAUGAACUCA